GCUGAGUAAAGGCUGCAGCAUGGAGCCAGAAUCAAAGGGAGCAGGAACUGGCGUCAAACCAUUUACCCCCCAGGAAGCCAGAGAAAUCAUCCAAACUCUGCGGCAACCAGCGGUUUUUACUGACAUGGUCGGCGACUGGCCCGCAAUGCGCUGGACGUCGGUUUAUUUGUCCAGUCUAUUAGGGGAAAAUCUUCUGCGCUUCAGAAUAGGGAGAAGGACGGCAGAGCUAGCUCCUCAGUUUGAAACAGAGUGUGAAUACGUUAAUGGAACUCUUCAACAAUUCCACCACUGGAUCCGCAGCACAUCACAGAACCUCCCCGAGCCAUUCGAUAACUUCAAUAACUCCGAUUAUUGGGGCUAUGCAGACUACAAAUACCUGUCUGCAAUAUUUCACGACAGGCCAGAAAUUCUCCAGGACAUAAUAUGGGCAGAUUUUGGUUUUCCUGGAAGAGAUGGGAAGGAGAGCACCCUCUGGGUUGGGAGUUCAGGGGCCAACACCCCUUGCCACAUUGACUCAUAUGGCUGCAAUCUUGUCCUGCAGGUGGAAGGGAGGAAAACAUGGCACCUCUUUCCCCCCGAAGAUACCACUUACCUAUACCCCACGAGAAUCCCUUACGAGGAGUCCAGUAUUUUCAGCAAAGUUAAUGUUGUUCAUCCUGACUGGUGCCGAUUCCCAUUAUUUUCUAAAGCGCGCCCCUAUGUGGUAACGCUACAUCCCGGGCAGGUGCUUUAUGUCCCGCGACGCUGGUGGCAUUACGUGGAAUCUAUUGAUGAUAUCACCGUUAGCAUCAACACCUGGACUGAACUGGAUUCGGACCAUGAAGCUCGCGUGGAGGAAGCCAUAACACGAAUGGUUGUGUGCGCGUUCAAAUCCACAGACCUUUCCAGCAACAUUAAGGACUGGCUCAAUCCAACAGAGGGGGAAGUAACUUCUCAUGAAACUAAUUUGCUGUAUUUGAACCAAGCACUUGCCAUGUACACAGAUCGCGAGGCAAAGAAAGUGGAGGAUGUGCAGCGAACUCAGGAUCCACCAUUAAAGAGAAAUAAAUUGACCACAGACACGGCCUCCAAUGUGGACCUCUCUGUGUCCUCUCCUCCUUUUGGAAAACAUCUCCUUCCAGUUAUGCCAUCGCCCCCUAGAUCAGAUUUAAGGGGGGCUGGAACAGAUAACAUUGUAUUUGGUGGAGACCACUGUCGGACCCUGAAUUCGGAGACCACGCAAGCAGUGAGUAGCCAGUGGCACGAAACAGCUUCUCCAAACCAAUCGGUGACAAGCGACGACGUGUUGGAGUGUUUGGUGAAUCCGCAAGUGAUCCACCUGGUUAGUCGGCUUUUGCUGAAAAAGAUGAUCUGAUCGAUACCUGGAAAUGAAAUACUAUACGUGGGCACCUUACCAUGGUACAGAACUGGCACAACCUCUAAGGAUGGCAUCAGCAUAAAGAAUGACCCCAAAAUACAGCGCUUACCAUAUAUACCAUGCACUAAGUGAUGGGGAAAGUCUGUGAAAUGAUUGAAUUGCCUGAGAUCGGAAUGUGGGUACAUAUUUCGUGAUUCCUCCAUUGAGCGGUAUAUAGGGGUGCUCUGCGUAGGAUUAGUGAUAUUUUGCAGCUCUAAGAGCAAGAGGUUGUAAUGUUUUUUUAUCAAUCGAUGGGAUUUUUCAAGCCAUCUAUAAAGAGAAAUGUAAUAUUUGCAGAUCUGUGAUAAGAGAAGUAAUUUUUUGGGGUGCGCAGACUGUGGCUAAUGCUCUGCCUGAGAUAUCUUAUAGUGCCUGCUGAAAAUGCUGGUUUCAUUCCUGACACGAUCGAAUCACCUUCCAAGGUCAAUUACCUGGGCAAUAUAUCUACCCUGACCUAAUGAAUUAACCUGAUAUUAUUUUACCGUUACCUGAGUCGCAUCAUAAAACCGGAUUUAUUCAGAAUUUCUAAGGUUCUGGUCUAUUUCCUUGAAUUUACAGGAUAUUAUUUCAAAGUUUAUUAAUAAAAUAUUGUUUUUAACGUUUGA